AUGGAGCCGACAAGAGCGCCCUUUGCGGCCGCUGGGCCCCAAGUCACACACCACCCGCACCCGUCAUCCUCGGCGCGGGCUCCACCCAUCGUACCUCGUGGCGCGUUCGUCUCCUCCUCUACCAGUAGCAGGAGCGGCGACAGCGGCACAAGCAUCACCGCCGCCGCUAGCGGGACAUCGGUCACUGGCCGGCCCAACUCAAAGACGCGCGGCAUCGAGCUGGGCGGAUGGUCGAUCCAGGUCACCUCGGGCAACAUCGGCUCGUCGGCCGAGAUGGACGCCCUCUCUGACCUGCUCGGCAUCCCGCCACCCGAGAUGGCAUUCCCGCACAACUCGCUCGUCCUGCACCACGCCGCUUCGGGCUUCCGCCUCUGCUUCGACGCCGUCAGAGCGCUGCAGAGCGUCGAUGGCGUCAAGGAAGACAACGCGCUGGAGGGCAUCGACUGCAGCGAGUCGUCAUCCUCCUCGAUCCCAGGACCAGGCACGGGUAAGAAGAGGGGCGCAGCGAGGAUGGGCGAGAAGCCGACGGGAAAGGGCAAGCUCAGGAGCGGAGGCGGCAUCAAGGUCUCGUACGCCGACGAGUGGGGCAAGAAGCGCAACGAGGCACAGCAUGCCGAGGCCGCCCAGUCGGAGCACAACGACCGCAGCGGCACCGCUGACCGACCCGGAGAGCCGACGAUGGCGGUCAACACCCCGGCUUCCAACUUUGGCCCUGAUGUGGCCAGAGCGGCGGCGUCGAGCGGCAUCGCCUCGGCCAAGGAGUACGACUGGACCUACUCUUCCACCUGGGCUGGCGCAGAGGGCUGCGAUCGACCUCCAGCCCUCCUCUUCCCGUCCGGAGACGGCAGCGUCGCGGCAGAGGUCGAAUGGAGUCGUCGCGGCGCUUCGGCGUCGCGUUUUGUGCCGGGAACCGAUCCGGCGAGGGAUCGCAUCCCCGUCGAGCGCCUUGGCCCGAGCAGCGGCGAACCCAUCCUGUUCUACGAGGACAUUGUGCUGUACGAGGACGAGCUGGCGGACAACGGCUCAAGCAUGGUCAACGUCAAGGUGCGCGUGAUGCCGUCCGGCUUCCUCGUGCUGCAGCGCUUCUUCCUCCGCGUCGACGAGGUCCUUUUCCGCGUCUUUGAUACACGAUUCUACUGCCAGUUCACCGAGCCUGCUGCACCUUCCGCGUCGCGCUCGGGCGCGGGGACAGAACUCGACGUGACGCGCCUCUCGCUCGAAGCGACGAGCAAAGAGCCGCCGCAGGCUCGGACAGAGGCCGCUUCAAACGACAUCAAUAUGAUGGACGAAGAGGACCGGGGACCGCACGACGAGGGUCGAUGGCCGAGGCUGAUCCGCGAGUGCAGCGGGUCCGAGGCCACAUACGCCGAGGUCAAAGCUUGUCUGCCGCCCUACAAGCCCAACGACCUGUCCCCGCUCACGGAUCCGAACUGGGUGGCCAACUCGCUCCAGACCAUCUCGCGACGACGCUUCCAGCACCAGCAGGCCGCGAUCGCAUCGGGCGCCACGCCUCGCAUCCCAGCGUCGGCGUUCAGCUCCUCUGCCGCGUCGUCGGGAGCCGGAGCCGGUGCCGCCACCGGCCACCCCGGCUCGACGGGCUCGGCGACGACGAUUCCCUCGUACCUCAGCACCGGUGCGGUCCCUUCGAGCCGGCUCACUGGGUUUGCCGGGACGAGACCGGGAGAGAGGCUGGAUCUCUCGCCUGCCCGGGCACCAGGUUCGACCCAGUUCGAUCUGCCCGGCUCGUCGGGGAGCGUACCGGCCGCCCGGAUCGUUGGUGAGAUUGCAUCAGAGGGCGACAACGGCAGCAAGGAUGCUCAGGGUGGGCAUGGAGGGGAAAUGGGAGGCGACGAGUGGCAAGGUGUCGGGGCGAGAGUCGAUGUGGCCACGCUCCGGUGGUAA